AUGCCUUCCUCCAACAUGAUUACAAGCAUGUUCAAGGCCCCUGAAAUCAAUCCCCUCACAUACAAAGCAUUAUCAAUCCCGAUUUUAAAUCCGAUCAAUCGAUAUGGAAGAGUAUUUUUCUUCUCAUGGCUCGGAUUCUUUGUUGCGUUUCUGUCGUGGUUCGCUUUUCCACCUUUGUUAACUGCCACUAUUAAGAAAGACCUGGGUAUGACCCAGGCAGAUGUAGCCAAUUCUAACAUUGUAGCACUAUUAGCUACCCUGCUCAUGCGAUUCAUCUGCGGGCCCCUAUGCGAUAAAUUCGGCCCUCGAUGGGUAUUCAUCGGCGUCUUAUUAUGCGGCGCUAUCCCCACCGCUAUGGCAGGUCUGGUUACCAGCCCCGGCGGCUUGAUUGCCCUAAGAUUCUUCGUCGGCAUCCUCGGUGCCAGCUUUGUGCCUUGCCAAGUAUGGACCACGGGAUGGUAUGAUAAGAGUGUUGUCGGUUAUGCGAAUGCCCUUGCGGCUGGAUUUGGUAAUGCUGGUGGUGGUGUGACUUACUUCGCAAUGCCGGCAAUCUUUGACUCGCUUGUCCAUGACCGCGGUCUCUCUGAUCACAAAGCCUGGAGAGUCGCAUACGUCGUCCCAUUUAUCAUCAUCACCGCCGUCGCAUUGGGCAUGAUUUUCACCUGCGACGACACCCCAACCGGGAAAUGGUCAGAACGCCAUCUAGGAGGCGCCGAAACUCCCGUCAUCGCAUCCACAAACCCGGACUAUCCCAAUUCCCGAUCAGCCCUUUCUUCCGGCACAACAACUCCAAGGGUCCCCAACGAAAAGAUUGACAGCAAAAUCACUUCUUCCUCAUCCGACUCCGAAGCUCAGGUCGAUAGUUCUAACGGCGCCGUCAUUGACGAAUUGAUUGUCGCACCAACAUGGCGCGAAACGUUACAAGUCGCUUGCAGUCUUCAAACAGUUUCCCUCGCCGCCCUAUACGCUUGCUCCUUCGGUGCCGAAUUAGCCCUCGACGGCGCCCUGGGCAGUUACUACUCCAAAAACUUCUCACACAUGGGACAGACCAAAUCCGGUCAAUGGGCAGCCAUGUUUGGUCUUUUGAAUGUCGUCACUCGUCCUCUUGGGGGUUAUAUUGCAGAUGUUAUUUACCGACAUACUUCCUCGGUGUGGGCUAAGAAGAUUUGGUUGACGUUCUUGAAUGUUGUGACUGGUGUAUUUUUGCUGGCUAUUGGCCUUACCAACCCGCACAGUGAAGCCACCAUGUUUGGAUUGAUGGCUGGAAUGGCGUUUUUCCUUGAAGCUGCUAAUGGGGCUAACUUUGCCUUGGUGCCGCAUGUUUAUCCUUUUGCCAAUGGUAUCGUCUCCGGCACAGUUGGCGCAUUCGGAAACCUUGGAGGUGUCAUUUUCAAUAUUGUCUUUAGAUAUAACGGCACCCACUACGAGCGAUCUAUCUGGAUUAUGGGGGUCAUCACCUUGGGUAUUAGUGUCGUGCAAUCCUGGAUUCGGCCUGUUCCCAAGGAAGCCCCCAGUGCAGUAAAGCAUUGA